AUGCCGUCCAGCAAUAUCGACCAUAUCACUAUCCCCGCCCCGGAAGAGCAUUUCGAACCUCUUGUCGAGUGGUAUAAGAAAGCUCUCUCUCCACUGGGCUACAAGGAAAUAAUGCGGUUCCCGGGCGUCGUCGGACUGGGCAGCGAGGUUCCUGAUCUCUGGAUCUUUCAGAAGGAAACUCACAUUCCGUCGGGGUUUCAUUUUGCCUUUACCGCUCCUAACCGGGCUGCUGUCAAUACUUUCUACAAGGCUGCUAUCGACGCCGGUGGCACCUGCAACGGCAAGCCUGGGUUGAGACCAGAGUAUCAUGAGAACUUUUACGCGGCAUUUGUUUUAGAUUCAAUUGGAAAUAAUGUGGAGCUGGGUUUCCAGGUUACUCAUUGUCCCGAAGGUGCAGAGAAGUAG